AUGGGCAACGACGUCUUCCGCCACAAUGGCUUCACCAACACGGUGACAACCAACAACCACAUUACCGCCCCCGGUAGCGAUUGGUACUGGACAGUUUGUGCGGUUAUGACCGUGUCUGCCUUUGGAUUCAUGAUCCAUUCGUACUUCAAGCCCCGCAGCCAGCGCCUGUUUCACUACCUGAAUGCCACCAUCUGCCUCAUUGCGGCUAUUGCGUACUUCUGCAUGGGCUCCAACCUGGGCUGGACCGCUAUCGAGGUCGAGUGGGUGCGCAGCUCUCCUGAGGUUCGCGGCAACAUGCGCCAGAUCUUCUACGUCCGAUACAUCAACUGGUUCAUCACCACUCCUCUGAUCGUAGUCCAAUUGCUCUUGGUGGCUGGCUUGCCCACUCCCACCAUUCUGUACACCCUCUUGAUGACCGAGAUCGUUGUUAUCAAUGGACUUGUUGGCGCCCUCGUGAAGAGCUCCUACAAGUGGGGUUUCUUUACCUUUGGCGCUGUGGCCUUUUUCUUCGUCGCCUUCGCCAUUGUCUGGGAUGGCCGCGCCUAUGCCCGUGUCCUCGGCGCCGAUGUCAUGCGCAUCUUCAACAUCCUCGCUGCCUGGAUCAUCCUGCUCUGGACUGUCUACCCCGUCAUCUGGGGCGUCUCGGAGGGCGGUAACAUCAUUCCCCCUGACUCCGAGGCUGUCUCGUACGGUGUCUUGGACCUCCUUACCAAGCCCGUCUUCGGUGCCGUCCUCAUCUGGGGUCUGCGCAACGUCGACCUUGAGCGCCUUGGCAUCCACGUCAAUGAUGCCAACCCACGCGUCCCAAGAGCUGCCCCUGCUCCUAAAACCGAAAAGGAUGCCGAGGCCGCCGCGGCGGCCAACAAUGGUGUCACCGCGCCGGCUGCCGCUACCACUCCCGAGACUGCUGUCUAA